AAUCUUUCCUAGGACCUUCUUAAAGCGGUGAUCAGAGCAAAAUUGUGCUACGACUUAGAAAACAGAGAAGGAGCAGACUAUUAUUGAAGAUUACACAGUCUCCGUGUGGAUUAAUUUGAUAGUUCGAUCUGUGUUAUUGUAUUUAGUUACCCCAGUUCUGUGUAUAUUUCCUAUAAUUACUGCAACUACUCAACCGGCUUAAGAUUUACUCGCUGGGUGGGCAUUAUCCCCAUUCCCCAGCUAGUUAGCUAGCUAGCUAAUAGUGCUAGGUUUGCUAGCUAGCUAACUAACAAACGUGAACGGCCGCUGCUUUGCCGAUAGCAACGAGUAUUCCACGCAUCAUUCAUAGUGACAGGAGUAGUCACCGUUGAGCUGAGAGCUGUUUGAGUCAUGGAGACCGAUACUUGUGUUGAGGAGAAGAAUGGCGAUGCUGUUGUAAACCAAGACAAACAGCCAGCAGCCACAACGCCUUACAGAUACUCCAAGGAGGAACUUCUGGAAAUAAAAGAACUGCCAGUCUCCAAUGAAAGGCCUGAGUGUCUCUCUGAGAAAUAUGACAGUGAGGGUGUCUGGGAUCCCGAGAAGUGGCAUGCCUCAUUGUAUCCCACUUCAGAGCGCAGCUCCCCAGUGGAAGGUUUUAAGAAGGACUAUGUUGAUGAUAGAAUUCAUUUGAAACGAAGAAUCCCAGAUCCUCGUGAGCGGUUAAAGGAAGAUGAUCUGGAUGUCGUACUGAGCCCACAGCGACGCAGCUUUGGAGGUGGAUGUCAAGGCAAUGCGGCUCUUGCACCCCAUAUCCGUCGCCCAAUCAGCCCCCUGGAAAACAAGGAGAAUGAGAGUCUCCGUCUGGGAGGGGCACGCAGAAUCGGCAGUGGUCGCAUAAUUGCUGCCCGAGCAUUUGAGAGAGAAGCACGUGCAGAGAAAGAGAGAGAGCGAGAGAGGGACUUCAAAGAUAAAAGAUUCAGGCAGAGAGAUUUUGGUGACAAACGUGUGUUCAGUGAGAGGAGAAGGAAUGACUCGUAUGCUGAGGAGGAGCCUGAGUGGUUCUCCGCAGGUCCCACCAGCCAAUCUGAGACCAUCGAGCUCAUUGGGUUUGAUGACAAAAUCCUGGAAGAUGACAAGCGCAGGUCCAAGCGAUCAAGGAAGCGAGCAGAGUCCCUAAAAGAAGUAGCGGAAUGUAAUGGCGGACAGGCCGAAGAGCGGAGUGGGGUUUCACAGUCCACUGCUGAUCAGGAGGUUCCUCAUCCUGAUGUCUUACCUGAGCAGACAACGGGUGACUUUGACUUUAAUGAGUUCUUCAAUCUGGAAAAGACCAUGCCAGGACUGGCUUCAAUGAUAGAGGACGUCCUGGGGGAGGGCCCUGUUUCGGCCAGUCGCUUCAGUCAGUGGUUUUCCAGUAACCUGAGCCCUUCAGGCAGCCAGUCCAGCAGUCUGAGGUCCACUCCCCACGAGGAGCUGGAAAAACUUGCAGGGCUUGAGCCCCGAUGUACUUCCCCUAGCCAUGGUCCUGCCUCAUACUUUACACCUAUCCAAUCAUCAGAAUGCAAGGAGAACGUAGACAUACUGGAGCUGCUCCACAAGGCCAAAAUAGACCUGAAGCCUCUUCUUUCCACACUAUCUGUCAACAAGGCAAGACUACGAGAAAGCAGUAAGUCUAGCUGUGGUGCAGUGCUUUCCCUGGAGGAAGUGGAGGGAGGGAUGAAGGGGAUGAAGCUGGCCUCAGAACCUCAGGUGCGAAAGAUGCCACCUCCACAGAGAGGAAACGGCACGCCUUUUAUGGCUCAACAUUUAGAGGAGGCUUUAACUGGUGGCCCCAGUGUCCGUCCACACGGCCGCGACUCAGACAUGUCGGCCUUUAAUAAACUGGUCAGCAGUAUGAAGGCAAGUGGAACUCUGCCAACUCACCCUAAAACCAACUCAAGCAAUCAAACUUCAGACCAAGCUGUGGUGACUGUGUCUGAUGUGCCUCCACAGCAGAAAAACAUAUUUCAGGAGCUCUUGGGAGGUCCGGCUCGUAGUGCCUCGCCUACGUUACUUGGCAAUCUAUUGGGCAGCUCUGAGGGCCCGACCACCUCUGCUCCUCUUCACGGCUUACUGCAAAAGGGCCCCUCGCCACCUCUCUUCCCACAGAGGGCACCCUCACCUGACUACUUCAGCAGUCGAUUGCAACCUUCAGGUUUUCCUGUUGGUCCUCCUCCCAUGCUGCCAGAACAGUUUGCUGAUGUUCACAGGCCUUUAAGUCCACGGUCUGCUGCGCAGCAACAGAUGAGGGCGCUCUCUAUGCCAGUUAAUCAGGCUGACUUGGAAGCUUUAGCAUUCCAACAAGAUCUUGCUCUACAUGCCCACCCUGCUUUCCAGUCUGCCUACAAGCAACAACAGGACAAAUCAUAUCGAACCAGAUUGCAGCGCAUGAAUCGCUCCCCUGUUCCUGGCCCUCAGCCUGCUGGAAGAAAUUCUCCAGGCAACGCUGUCACUAGCAUGUUGUCGCCAUCAUUUACACCCACAUCUGUGAUUCGCAAAAUGUAUGCCACGAAAGAGAAAAGCAGAGAUGAACCUUCAGGUCGCUCAGAUAUUAAGGAGGAGGCAUCAGUGCACUCUCAAGAUGACGCCAGCUCCGCAAAUGUGUACCUGGAGGCAAUAGAAGGGAAUGCUGCUCAGUCUGGGGGACUGAAGGCCAGCUCCCAGAACAUGCCAAACAAGGACCAGGAGCGGCUCAGGCCCAACUCAGCUGGGCACCAUACACCCACCAUGGUACCUCCAGGACCCUCAUCCUUUCCUCGUCCCAUCUAUCCAGUACCGCUGCUAUCUCAUGUAUCUAUGAUGAGGCCUCCUCCCCAACUGCACCCUAAUGUGGUUCAACGAAUGCUGGCCCAGGGUAUCCAGCCCCAGCAACUUGGACCUGCUCUUGCUGGUAUAUUUCCACAACAUGUUGACCUUGCACAGCUUCAGGGUUUGCCUCCUGCUUUGCUUGGACAACAGCUGUACCCUCUUAGUGCAACAGGGCAUCCACUUCUACCUCCUAGAGCCAACACUCAAAUGCAGUUAGCAGUAAUGCAGCAGCAACUUCAGCAACAGAGACCAAUGCAUCCAGGUGUCCCAGGCCCUCAGUCACAGAGCCAAGGUCCUCAUCGGACAAACGGACCCCAUCAACACGGGGGGCCCCCGCCUCUAGGCCUAGCCAAGUGGUUUGGAUCAGAUGUGCUAGAGCAGCCACUCCCCUCCAUGCCGGCCAAGGUCAUAAGUGUAGAUGAGUUGGAGUUGCGGCCAUAAGAAGAAGGAAAAAAAGGGGCAGGAUUUUUUUUUUUCCUUUUUUUGCCCAUCUCCACCUCUUUACCAUAAUAAUGUGAACUUUACUUUGAAAGAUGGUGCACAGACCUGGACAGUGAAACCAUGCCAUAAUUUGUCUUCAACCAUAAGUCAGUGCUUUUGGAGAGGCUUAUCAGCAGAAAUGGGAAGACGAGUUAUGGCAACUUGUUUUGCCGGCUGAAUGUUUUUUUUUUCUUUGUUUCUAUUAGGAUGUGCUCAGUAAAUAAUGUAUAGGCCCAAUUGUACAGACCAUGGGAAAGAAUCGUAUUCUCCCUGUAUAUAGCUUUUUUUUUUGGUAUGGGAAUUUCAACUGAAAGUCAACGAAAGCUGAUGGCAUUCCUUUGUCACGUCCCAACUUUAUUUUCCCCCCUUGAAGUGCACUGAGGAAGGGCUACUGUUGGCUGAAAAUGUAGGAUUGAUGAGUAACUAAAGUGUGUACUCUCCCCCUCUUGUGUGGCCCUUUUCUGUAAACGUGACAGGCGGGAGCAUGUCAUGACAACUCCAAGGGAUACAGCGAGUGCUGGUUGUGCCUUUUUCUUUGUGUUUUUUUCCCUCUUCCUUUAAAAACUGUAUCCUCUCCCAUCCAACCUGUCACUGGGGAGGGAGGGGGGAGGGGGGCACUGCUCACAUUGUCAGUUUUCAAGGGUGGUUGGGAUUCAGUUUGUUUAUGUGCUAUUAAGUUAUAAAAAGCACAAAUAGAAUUAAUAAAUAAAAUCUUCAGUAAAACAGUUUUGUUAAUUGUUUUAAAUGGUUUCAUAUCUCCUAAUUAUUGUCUCUUGUUUAUACUACGGUAUGUAGUGCUGACUUUUAACACUUCUCAGGAUGAUUACAGAGUUUCUACUUUGUUGUGGCAUUGCACUGGACAGAUAGUGACACUUGUUGCUUUGUUUGAAUAUCAUGCAACUUUCUUCAGCAAAAAUCUGGUACAGCACCAUAAGCUCCAUCCUCAAUAUCAAGAAGUUGUGUUCACCAAAUUGGGAUUAGAUUUCACAGUACAUGUAUAUCCUUUGGAAAAAUCUGAAUCUGUACCGACACUGGAAGAGUGAGUGUGGUCUACCUUUUACGCAAUGUUGGCCAACCUAGCAGGGGGAAACUCUGGAACUUGUCUUGUAUGUUCUAUCUCAUCCCUUCAAAAAUAUUUUGGUAAAAGGGGCCAAUUGCAUAUAUUAAAAAGUACAUGAGCCAUUUA